CACCGUCGCUCCUCCGUUCACAUCCGCUUGACUCGCUAUCUGUGUUGGAAAAAGGACUUUGUGAAACUGCAGCGAUGUCAGUCCAGGUUGUGGCAGCGAAAAUGGCAGAGGUCGAACUCAAAGACGUCCCCACCGGCAAAGACUUACCGGCCGACUCUCCGAUGACGCCGACGUCGGAGGGCAAGAGCCUCGGCAGGAACGACCCGCACGAGGCCGGUUCCUCUGCCGCUGCGUCCCCCACAGCGGAGCCCUCCGCGAAAGCCGGGGAAGGCAGCCUGGGCUUGCUCACCCCGAACCCCGCGAAGAUGCCGCAGGCGUCAGCUAUGAAGCGGUCGGACCCGCAGCAGAACGGCGGGGAGGCUUUUGUCAACCGUGACGGUACCGUUGCCGAAGCACCGCGGAUGAAGAAGAUCCAGUUUGCCGACCAGAAACAGGAGUUCAACAAGCGUCCCUCCAAGAUCGGCCGGCGCUCUCUGUCCCGCUCCAUCUCCCAGUCCUCCACAGACAGCUACAGCUCAGCGGCGUCGUACACAGACAGUUCUGACGAUGAGACGUCUCCUCGGGACAAACAGCAGAAGAACUCCAAGGGCAACGGAGACUUCUGCAUCAAGAACAUCAAACAGGCCGACUUCGGACGCAGAGAGAUCGAGAUCGCUGAGCAAGAGAUGCCAGCUCUGAUGGCCCUGAGGAAGCGAGCCCAGGGGGAGAAACCCCUCGCCGGUGCCAAGGUGGUGGGCUGCACCCACAUCACUGCCCAGACUGCUGUGCUGAUGGAGACUCUGUCAGCUUUGGGGGCUCAGUGCAGAUGGGCAGCCUGCAACAUCUACUCCACCCAGAAUGAAGUGGCAGCUGCCCUGGCAGAGGGAGGUUUCAGUGUAUUUGCAUGGAAGGGUGAGUCAGAGGACGACUUCUGGUGGUGCAUCGAUCGCUGUGUCAACGUGGAAGGAUGGCAACCCAACAUGAUCUUGGAUGACGGUGGAGACCUGACUCACUGGAUUUAUAAAAAAUACCCCAACAUGUUCAAGAAGAUCAAGGGCAUCGUAGAGGAGAGCGUCACCGGCGUGCACAGGUUGUACCAACUGUCAAAGGCAGGGAAGCUGUGUGUCCCAGCCAUGAACGUCAACGACUCCGUGACCAAGCAGAAGUUUGACAACCUCUACUGCUGCAGGGAGUCCAUCUUAGACGGCCUGAAGAGAACCACCGAUGUCAUGUUCGGGGGGAAACAGGUGGUGGUGUGUGGAUACGGAGAGGUUGGAAAAGGCUGCUGCGCUGCCCUGAAAGCAAUGGGCUCCAUCGUCUACGUCACAGAGAUCGACCCCAUCUGUGCCUUGCAGGCCUGCAUGGACGGCUUCAGGCUGGUGAAGCUGAACGAGGUCAUCAGACAAGUGGACAUCGUCAUCACCUGCACAGGCAACAAGAAUGUGGUGGUGAGAGAGUACCUCGACCGCAUGAAGAACGGCUGCAUUGUCUGCAACAUGGGACACUCCAACACCGAGAUCGAUGUGGCGAGCCUGCGGACUCCUGAGCUGACCUGGGAGAGGGUGCGCUCUCAGGUGGACCACGUCAUCUGGCCUGACGGCAAGAGGAUAGUGCUGCUGGCCGAGGGUCGUCUGCUGAACCUCAGCUGUUCCACUGUGCCCACUUUUGUGCUCUCCAUCACCGCCACGACCCAGGCUCUGGCUCUGAUAGAGCUGUACAAUGCCCCAGAGGGACGCUACAAACAGGAUGUUUACCUGCUGCCCAAGAAGAUGGAUGAGUAUGUGGCCAGCCUACAUCUGCCUACAUUCGACGCACAUCUCACAGAGCUGACUGACGAGCAGGCCAAGUACCUGGGCCUGAACAAGAACGGACCCUUUAAGCCAAACUACUAUAGGUAUUAAACCAGUGUUGGGGUUGGACUGUGGAAAUACCAAUACUCCAUGAAUCACACACACUUACAGAGGAGGAGGAGGAGGAGGAGAGAAAAGUCAACACACCUGCUUUAUAUUCAUGAGGGAGGGGGUGGAGCUCUGACCGAGCCUGAAGGAGGAGGGGGGAGGAGGGGUGUGGGUUUCCAACACGCGUAUGGCAGUCGGUUUAUUUAUUCACGCUUCAACAACAAUAAUAAUAAUAAUAAUAACAUUAACUCUGUGGAGCUGCUCCUGCCAUUCGCCACUAGCUAGCUCCCUGACGUCUUCUCGCGGGAGAUGUUUUACUUCCCCUUCCGCUCGUCAUCACACCAUCGUUAUCUCGUUCUCUUUAGACGCUCAUUCGUGUGUCGAGUUGUAUGUAAACCCUCCAUCCUCUCUUCUCCAUUGCCAGAUCUUUUAUUGUUUAACUAUUAAAGAUGAAAUUAUUGACGCUAAAAAGAUAUAUACUAUAUAAAAAAAACUUGAUUAAAAAAAAUCUGUGUGAAUGAAGAUGACCUUUGAAGAUUUAGUGACGGACAUUUUUUCCUGUCCUUUUUUUUGUUGUUGUUGUCGUCGUCUUUUCUUUUCUACUCGUGAUUAUUUUUUGUUUUCUCUUGUGUAAUAUUUGCGAGGGCGGGGUUAGAACUAAUGGGAAGGAGUUAGGUGGGAUCUCAGGGUCCAAUCAUAUCAUGUCUUUUAUUUGAUUGUUUGAUUGAGAUUCAGUGUUGUUAUUUGUUUUUAAACAUUUUUUAUUGCGCGUUCUGUCCCUUCGGAUCAGCCUGUAGUUUGUCGUAACUUUUUUUUUUUGUCUUUCUGAGUAUGACUGGACGGUGGCCGGUUCUUCCCACCUGUCACUCAAACCCACAGUGAAACCAUCUCAUUGGCUGCUUCUCUCUCAGCUUCCAGCUGCUCGCACGACGCCAGUGUUGAAGUAAUGAAAAGUAUUUCAAGCUAGUGAGAGCUGACUUUUCCUUUACCAAGAAUGACUAUACUGUAUUAGAAGCAUGGCAGGUUGUCAGAUCAUUACAAGGGGUAUACUGUAUAUUUAGAUAUUUAUAUAGAAACUACGAUUUUUCUAUCUUUUUCUCUCCCGCGCCGUCUAAUAUCAUAACUUUUGGACACAAAUCAACAUAUGUCAUAAAGAUAAAAUUAAAUGUUCAAAUGAUAAGUGUAAUAAAUGUACUUAAACCCUCAUUUUUAAUACUGUGACAGAAAAUCUUUCAUAGAUACCAAAUGUGCAGCAAGUUGUUGCCAGUCCGGUACUUCAGCAGAUUUCUUCAAUCAGGUCUUCUUUGAAAAGUAUGGUGCUGUUUAGAUUUACUGUACUUAACCAUACACAACACAAGUCUUUGGUACUCACAGAUACAGUCAAGGGGUUCAGCUUAAAAAUCAAAUCCAGGAUCUGAGCUCCACCUUGAUUUAUUUUCUUUCCAUUUAGUUUCUCUGCAGACUCAUGGUGCAUUUGCCUGUAAAGGGAUUUUUUAAAAAGAUCUCCAAACUUGGCUCGCUCUCCCUGAUGUAUUUUAGUUUCUUCUUCCCCGCACCCGAAAGGCUCGGAUCAUUUCGCUGUAACGAGCUGCACCGUCGUCCCCAGCUGACCCUGACGGUAGAAAUCAGAAAAUCCUGACAGUCAUUUCACCUGACAGCCGAGUCCACCCCCGCCGCCACCGGCUCCCGACUGCACCUGAACCAAUCAGAGUCUCUGCCACAGCCUGCUGGGAGAACUCUGCCCGGCUCUAUUCUCACAGAAAUACUUAAACACACACACACGGUAGCUUAAUAUCCAGGUCUGAAUUUACUGUACUGUACAAUGGGUACACAUUUAAUCACUUCACAUCUUUUGAACAGGUGGAAAUAGCACAAAAAGCUUUGUUUACCAGUCAAAUCAAAACUUUGCAUUCAAGUACAAAUAUACCAACACAUUUCAUGAGUAAAAUCAUCACUGUAAAUAAUCAUUAACAACCACAGCUAAAGGAAUAGACGUUUCUGACAUUUUAAGGUUGUUGUGAGUUGAGAGCAUUGAUACCACUCUUAGCUUAGCAUAAAGACUGGAAAUCAAGGGAAACAGCUAGCCUGUAUCUGUCAAUCAGCUGACAAUGCUAAGCUCCCAAAAUCUCAAACUAUUCCUUUAAAAAAAAAACUAAUUAAAGUCUAAAGAAAUUGACAUUUUUAAGUUGUGAGGGAGCCUCUCAGAUAAAUCUCCUGCACACCUGUUUGCCGCCAUGAAAUAACAAGAUCUGAUACUGUGUCACAGCCCAUAUGACCUCAAUGUCACGCUGUCCCCUGCCAAUGUUGGUGCGUUUCUCUGUGUCCUUGUGCUGUUGAGAAUCCCCCCUCUUAAAGUAGUGUGAGCUGUUGUCAGUGUAGCUCUUAAGCCUGUUGUCUCAAGUCUUAUUUUUUCCCUCUUUUUGUACACGUGAAUGUGUGUUAAAGAGUAUAUGACCUCGUGAGAGAGAGCUGAGGUGAUUGUAGCUGAUGUAUGAGUGUGUGUGUGUGUGUGUGUGUGUCUAAAUGUCUUCAUGUGUUUGUACACAUCCUUUCUCGUAGGCCAUGGUCGCUUCGAUAACAGCUGCCUCAGGAUCCUAGCCUGUGCGUUAGGGAGAGAAACUUUUUGUUUUGUUUUGUUUUCAGUCGUAAGCUGACCAACACGAGGGUGGGCGGGGGAAGACACCAGCAUCAUAUAUGUAUAUACAUACUAUAUACAGAUAUGACAACCUUUAAAAGUAUAGGACGGUAAAAGAAGAAUCGACUCCUUUAUUUAUUGUUGUAAAUCCUCAUACAGUGCAAACUGGCAAAAUGAACUCAAACAUGUUUAAGUUGUCUAAUAAAGAAAAAAAACCCUAUGUUUAAAUAUUGCAAGUGAUAAUGGUAGAUGAUGAGCAAUAAUUAAAAAAUUCUGUAACCUUAAUGAAUAAAGAUGUAAAAAUUGUAA